AUGGUGUCCUUAACGAACCUUUUUCUAGCCUCCAUCCUUGCAAGCGUUGGUCUUGGCUCUGCUCUGCCACCCAAGGUUGGCACGACUGUCAUCGACAACAGCUUUGGGUCUGGCACAGCCUCAAUCAAGCAAGUCCGGAACCCAAACCACGUCUUCAAUGGAGCGCUGUCUGUGUAUAAGACUUAUCUCAAGUACGGAGUGCCAAUUCCAGAGUAUCUAGAGGCUGCUGUUGCCAACUUCACGAAUAUCCUUGAUAAACGUGUUACAGGCAGUGCCAGUGCGACGCCCAUUGACACUUUCGAUGAUGCCUAUGUCACGCCUGUGUCAAUUGGCACACCAGCCCAAGUCCUGAAUUUGGAUUUCGAUACUGGGUCCUCAGAUCUCUGGGUUUUCAGCAGCGAGACACCGAAGUCUGAAGUCAAUGGCCAGUCAAUCUACACCCCAGGCAGCAGCAGCACGGCCAAGAAGCUCUCCGGAUACACCUGGAGUAUCUCAUACGGAGACGGCAGCUCUUCUAGCGGUGAUGUCUACACUGAUGUCGUAACUAUUGGCGGUGUCACGGCUUCUGCUCAGGCCGUGGAGGCUGCACAGCAGGUGUCUUCCUCAUUCACCUCUGACAGUGCUAUCGAUGGUCUCGUUGGAUUGGGUUUCAAGGCGCUGAACACUGUUUCGCCAACAAAGCAGAACACAUUCUUUGACAAUGUCAAGAGCUCGCUCAACUCGCCUCUCUUCACUGCUGAUCUAAAGCAUCAAGCUGCUGGCACAUAUGACUUUGGCUAUAUUGACAGCGCAAAGUACACUGGCACCAUCACCUAUGUCAGUGUCAACACUAGCCCCGGUUACUGGACCUGGACCUCUUCCGGCUAUGCUGUUGGAUCAGCCUCUUUCACUUCGACCAGCAUCACUGGAAUCGCUGAUACCGGUACCACCCUGCUGUACCUGCCUACCACCAUUGUCAAGGCCUACUAUGCCCAAGUCAGUGGAUCGUCGAACAGCAACACCUACGGUGGCUACAUCUUCCCGUGCAGCCGCACCCUCCCCAGCUUCACUUUUGGCGUCAGCUCCGCCAGGAUCACCAUCCCCGGCACCUACCUCAACUAUGGACCAGUUUCAACUGGUAGCUCCACUUGCUUCGGUGGCCUGCAGUCCAGCGCCGAUAUUGGCAUCAACAUUUUCGGUGACGUCGCUCUCAAGGCUGCAUUUGUUGUCUUCAAUGGUGCUUCUACUCCAACUAUUGGCUGGGCGUCCAAGACUUUGUAA